GAAUGUAUGCAAACAUCUAUUUAAAUUAAGUCACAUUUUAUAAGGUAAUUGGAUGGGUUGAUACUUCAAGUAACAUGUGGAUGGUUUUCAAAACAAGAUGUUUUUAGAUUUUAUGAAACACGUGUUUGGUUAUGAAAACGUAUAUAAUUAUAGGCUUCAGAAACGCAAUCUCUAUCAGUUUAGCUCUGCGUGAAGUUUGUGACAGUGGAGCCUGGAUAAUAAGUUCAGAAUGUUGUUAAUAUAUAUCUCUUCCAUGAUGGCCAUUUUCCACUUAGGGAUACAUAUGGUGGAUUGUUCAAGGGUGUUGUGUAACGGCGAUAAUCAUAAUUGUCGCUAUGGGGAAAUAUGUGCAACGUCAGUGAACUGUGUAAAUGACGUAAAUUGUGUUGACCACUGCUUGCCUUGUACAUGCGAAAAUGGCGGCACAUGCGUUUAUAAUAUUACAAGUCCAAACAAAGCAGAAAAUAGACUAGACCAAACUAUACGAUCUUGCGUAUGUCCCAGUGGUUUUACUGGAAACAAUUGCGAAACGGCAAUAGACGAGUGCGCCUCCAGUCCAUGCCUGCACGGGACAUGUGUAGAUUUACAUGACGCGUUCUUGUGUAUCUGCAACCCUGGAUGGGAGGGGACCCAGUGUGACCAGGACAUUGAUGACUGUUUAUCUAACCCAUGCGGAGAAAAUGGAAACUGCACUGACCUGGAAAAUGGGUAUGAGUGUGAAUGCCCCUUUGCAUAUACCGGCAACUGCGACUGUAUUGACCCCCUGAUGGCGAACCUGGUUUACGGUUACAAGGACGUAUACGACUCGAGUGCAGCUUGGGGCGGACAAGCAGAGUUUGCUGUCAACCAGGAUUUUAGACCAAUUCACGCCGAUCUAUACUGUCAGUGCAGUGCCGACUGGGACUUGACCCCAUCCUGGACCAUUAAGUUGAUCCAGCCAUUCCCAAUAAGGAGAAUUGUUAUAACAAACAGAGCGAAUGGUUAUGAGGGGAGACUACGAGACCUGACGAUUACGGUAGGAACUGAUAUCUGCGCUACAUAUGUUGGUCCCGCUACAGGAAUAACGACUCUCACAAUCGACUGUGACACAGAUGAUUUGGUUGGAGAUGAAGUCACCAUUACAAAGAAUGGACAAACCCUCACUUUGUGCGAAGUCGAAAUUUAUUCAUUUAGAUAAACUGGCAGAUGGCUUCAAAGAUGUUUCUAACAAUUCUUAAGCAACAAGACUUUUACAACAACCAGCAAAACAACCUUUGAAUGUUUCAUGAUAUUUAUUUCUAAUCCAUUCUGAACGUCAGUUCUGAUUUGUUUAACACUUAAGGUGUUUUCAAAAUAGAUGAGAUACAAAUAAAGAAUUUAAGUAAA